UCAUGUUAACCUGUGCUAACCUUAAUUAUUUGUGAUCCUAAUAUGUACACAGUUUUGUUUGUACGUGAUGUCCUUGCAAGAAGAUUUAGUUUCUGGGAAUGAUGAAUACAAAGAUUCUAAGGAGAAAAGUUCAGCGAUUAGAGAAGUCCCUUUGCUUACUUUCAAGAGCAGGAUGUCUCAACUCGGGCCUCGUAAAAUACCUGUUUAAUAUGAUUUGAAAGUUAUUGACUUGGGCUACUUUCUCUGCAAACGUGAAAGAAGUGAAACCAGUUGACUUGAAUAUGCUUACAGGAAGACACUGGGUCACUGGGAAGAAACACCGAAGCGGAUUAGCUCGGUUUGUGUUUGCUAUGGCUCCCUACAGACUUCAGAUGUUUGGUUUCCUUGUGACCAGUUUAGGCCAAGGUGAAAUUUCAGAUGAAUUAAGAUCAUCACCUAACAAACCAUGUGGCAAAGGAAGCACGAGGAAACGAGAUGAGCUAGCUGAAGAAGAACUCUGCUGGGUUGAAUCUUUGUCCGGUGAUCUACCUGACGACGAUGAUUCAGUGGCUCAUCCCAUUUAUAAGCCUAGCAAACAUACUGAUUCUGAGGAAGUUAGUGAGCAAUAUAAGGAAUGUGAUAAUACUGAGACAGAUCUGGAAAUAGAAAAGACUAGAGAUCCUGGCUUAAUGAAGCUGAAAGAAACUCGUUGCCAUGAGGAGAAUGAAAAUGAUGCACUUUGCAUUAAUUGUAAAGAACAUAUCACUUCAUAGAUUGAGAAGUUGAGAAUGAUUAACUUUUCUGCAUAAAUAUUUGUGAACGUUUGUAAUUUGAAUCAACUGAACUUUUGUACAUUCAGUUUUGUGUAUUGAGAUUUAAUAAAAUUUAAUUCAUCAAAAAAAA